AGCACUGACAGGUUGAUGAGAGCUGCGGGAGGCUGGCGGCGUAUCCAGCAACACUGCACAAGUCCUUAUCGGAUAUUUCCUUUUCACUCGUCUUAUUUCCACCAGUAAUUUCCAUCACUUCUUCCCGGGAAAGAUGCUGUCGGUAAAAGAUGAAUUGACGGUCUAAAUUGGCCCUUCUCUUAACGCCGGGCGGCAGCGAUGUUUGAACUUCUGUAGGAAUAGCUCCCUGCAACAUUUUUUUUUCCACGACGGAGUCCAGUUUUGCUGCUGAAUGAGCAUUUUCUGACUCGAGAUGACGGAAAUCACCGAAAAGGAGAAUGUUCCUCAGAACCGAGACCUUCACCGACAGAGCACGGCGACCAGCCAGCCGGAAUCAAAGCUGCAGCGACUGAAGCGCUCAUUGUCUCUCAAAUCCGUCAUACGCAGCAAGAGUGUGGACAACUUUUUCCAGCGCAGCAAUGGUGAAUCACGGUCACCCUCAGCCCUAAUCACCACUCUUCCACCUUUGCCAUCUCCUCCUCCCUUCUCAGAGACCCCACUGGGCUAUGAGCGUUCUCCUUCUCUAUCUCCGUCUAUUAGUCCUAACCCUUCAUUGUCAUCACAUUCCCCGUCUAUCAGUCCGUCAUUUUGUGUGACCUCCAAGACUCAGCUAAAGUCUCAACUAGGCAAGACCCACUGUUUCCAGGAGCAUGUCUUCCGUAGGCCUACCACCUGCCAGCGUUGCAAACAUAUGAUCCAAGGGAACUCCAAACAGGGUCUGCGUUGUAAGGCUUGUAAGAUGGCAGCCCAUCUUUGGUGCUCCUCUGAGCUCUCCCAGCUGGUCUGUAAUGGAAAGACAGGAGCUUUCAAGAGAAACUUCAGCUCUCCGCUGCUUACUAUUGAUCCACUGGACGUAGUCAGAGAGGCUCCUGCUGCCCAGGAGGCAGAUGCUGUUACUAUUGACCCUGUGUACGAGGCUCUGCGCUACGGGACGUCACUGGCUCAGAUGAGUCGAUCCAGCAUUGGCAGCAUCUCCGAAUCGCCCUGUCAUGAGGAAGAAAAACUGCAAGAUAAACUAGAAAACCAGCCCAUAGCUGAAGAAGAAAAUAUUCCAGGAAUGCUUACCCCUCCUGAAAGUGAGAAGGCUGAUUCAGAAGACAGGGUCAGCCUAAAGACUCCAAAGCGAGUGCAGGUUCACGCCAUUCACACCUAUGUGGCCCUCUACAAGUUUCUGCCUCAGGAGAAGAACGAUUUGGAACUACAGCCUGGUGACAGAGUUCAAGUCACAGAUGACUCCAAUGAAGACUGGUGGAAGGGGAAAAGCAAAGACAAGGUGGGAUUUUUCCCGGCCAACUUCGUGCAGCGGGUCCGCCCUGGUGAGCGGGUGUGGAAGGUCACCGCCGGUUUCCAUGGUAACCGAGACAAAGGCCAGAUGACUGUGAAAGAGGCCCAGAUCUGUGUGGGGAAGAACGAGGAGAUUGAUGGCUUCCUCAAGCUCAGCAGCGGGAAGAAGCGAGGCCUGGUGUCUGAGAAUUGUCUCCUGGAAAUAUGACGGCCACGCAGUCCUCCCUGACCCUCACUUUGAUAAAGGAGCUCACAUUGAUGGAGGAAUACUCAGGAGUGUUUAGCCAGCACCUCACUGACAACCAAACACCCACCUCCACCCCUCCCCGAAACAGCAGUGAAUUAGCAGCUUGAGGGGUUGAUAACCUGCUGCUUUGCUUUUUACUGCAGGAGUCUUUACUACGCAGGAGCUUCUUUAGAGCUACUUUUCUUGUAGCACUACUUCACUUUGUGUGGUAUUCCGUACACUCAAGAGAAAUGUAGCAUUUUAUUAAAGAGAAUAAGAGGAGGAAGUCUGGCUACCUCAUUAGCCAUCUCCACCUUCUCUGGUCACCUUCUUGCAGAAAAGGAGACAGGACUACUUUGUUAUGAUGUCAAGGCACGUCCAAGGCAGUUACGAGCAAACGUUGUUUGAUUGAUUGUUUGUGUAGAGAAACCAAGGCAUAAAAGAAAAGCUGAUCGCUGUUCUUGCUUGUACACAUUUUAUUUGAAGAGACUGAGUUCAGUAGAUUUAAAUAAUUAGGUAAACCAUAAUUGGCAAGUUUUGUUUUUGAUGAUCACAAGA